AUGGAGAGAUCUACGACUCCGCCUGCCUCGGCGGCUCAACACGGCAAACUCCCGCGAGGACCUAUCACACCAGAACAACAGCGUCGAAUAGAAAUCAACCGAAUGAAAGCCAAGGCUAUACGUGAGCAACGCGAAGCUGAAGCAGCAGCAGGCCAGCCAGCAGUCCCGUCCAAAGUGUCCGGCGUAAAGCGGUCCUUCAACACAAUGACAUCAACCCAAGGACCCUCUACACUCCGCGAUGCAGCCAACAACCGACCUCUCGAGAGCAUCAAACCCGCUCGCGCAUUCUCCAAAUAUGUCGAAUACGAGUUCAGUAAGAUGACUGAUACAAAGGGUGGUUUCUUGACGCAAGAGGAUGAUCCACAUAACAAAGCAUUACAUGUGACCGAUGGGAAGGAGCAGAAACCGGCGAAUAUGACUCAGAAAGAAUGGGAGAGGAAUCUCCUUUUAGACGAUUUGAGGAGAAAUAAAGCCGGCCCAUUCGAGCCUGGCUUGAGUGUGCUUGAUGAGAAGGCUAGCCAGAGGGCGUGUAGAGAGUGCGGCAGCCUGGAGAUUGAUUGGAAAUGGGAAGAAGCCUUCAAAUGCUGCGUGUGCAACACCUGCAAAGACAAAUUCCCUGAAAAGUAUAGCAUGUUGACCAAGACUGAGGCAAGGGAGGAUUAUCUUCUGACAGAUCCGGAACUCAAGGACGAGGAUCUCCUGCCGCAUCUCAAAAAGCCCAACCCCCACAAAUCUACAUGGAAUGAUAUGAUGCUUUACUUACGAUUCCAAGUUGAAGAGUACGCAUUCUCAUCCAAGAAAUGGGGUUCUCCAGAAGCCCUCGACGCAGAGUUUGAAAGGAGAGAAGCAGAAAAGAAGCGCAGGCGAGAAGCCAAGUUCAAGCAAAAGCUCACCGACCUGAAAAAACGUACUCGAGUCGAGGCUUAUCGUCGCAAUCGGCAGGGACCUGCUGGCGGCAAUUUUGGCGAUGAUCUUGGUGGGAAGAAAAAGCAUGUGCAUGAAUGGGGCAGGCAAGCAGAAAAUCCCGAGACGGGGAUGACUGUGAAGACUUGUGUUGAAUGUGGGAUGGAGGUUGAGGAAUUAGAGCUAUAA